CUGGAGCGUGUAGUCUGUGCCGGGAACGCCGCCUCAAGGUGAAGGUGACUGGAACCGGCCUGACUCGUGGCUGUCUGCGUCCGUUUCUUCUCAAUAAAGUUUUCCUUCAUAAGGAAAAGGAUAGGCGGGGGGCCUCGGCAAGAUGGCGGCGCCCGUGUCGCCCUUGGUUACUGGGCGCUGCUUUCUAAGGGCUGCCGCUCGACACGCGGCUCUCCUGCUAACCGGGUGGGCUGAAGCCGGCGCCCCGCGGAAAGCUUACACAGUUCAGGCAGCUGAGAAAGCUGCCAGUGGCACUCGAGCAGAUGCUAAUUCCAAAGCCUUGUUAAUUUGCAAUGGACCUUUAGAACAUUAUGAAUUUCUGAUCAAAGCCGAGGAGCUGAGGAACGAUGAGCAACAACGAAAAGUUGUACAAUGCCUGCAGAAGCUACAUGAAAGCCUUAAAGGCUAUAGUAUCAGUCCAAAGCACAUCUUAUCAAAGUUGUUUACAAGACAUAAACCCCCAAAAGGCCUUUAUGUCUAUGGAGAUGUUGGCACAGGAAAGACAAUGGUGAUGGACAUAUUUUAUUCUCAUAUAGAAGUAGAAAGAAAAAAGAGAGUCCAUUUUCAUGGCUUCAUGUUAGAUGUGCACAAAAGAAUACAUCGCCUUAAACAGACCCUGCCAAAACGGAAACCUGGAUUAAUGGCUAAAUCAUAUGACCCAAUAGCCCCAGUAGCUGCUGAAAUAAGUGAGGAGGCUUGUCUCUUGUGCUUUGAUGAAUUUCAGGUCACAGACAUUGCUGAUGCCAUGAUUCUCAAGCAGCUCUUUGAAAACCUGUUCCAAAAUGGUGUUGUUGUUGUAGCAACAUCCAACAGGCCACCAGAAGAUCUCUAUAAAAAUGGGCUCCAAAGAGUGAACUUCGUGCCAUUCAUUGCUGUUCUUAAGAAAUACUGCAGCACUAUCCAGCUGGAUUCCGGAAUAGACUAUAGGAAACAAGCACUACCAGCAGCAGGAAAGCUAUAUUACCUCACAAGUGAAGCUGAUGUGGAGGCUGUCAUGGAUAAGUUGUUUGAUGAGCUGGCUCAAAAACAAAAUGAUUUAACUAGACCAAGGAUUUUAAAAGUACAAGGCAGAGAGCUGAGAGUGAAUAAAGCGUGUGGAACCAUUGCAGACUUCACAUUUGAAGAGCUGUGUGACAGACCACUUGGAGCCAGUGAUUACUUGGAAGUAGCUAUGCAUUUUGACCUAGUCUUUAUUCGUCACAUACCUGAGUUUACAAUGGCAAAAAGGACCCAAGCUCGCCGCUUCAUUACUCUUGUUGAUACUUUUUAUGACAAGAAGGUGCGUAUUGUUUGCUCUGCAUCAGCACCACUCCAAAGCAUAUUUAUUCAAGAAUCCCAUGAUGGUGGAUUGGACGAAAGUAGGGUAAUGAUGGACGAUUUGGGGUUGAGCCAGGAUUCAGCUCAAGGACUUUCAAUGUUCACGGGAGAGGAGGAGAUUUUUGCCCUUCAGCGUACCAUCUCACGGCUGACUGAAAUGCAGACUGAGCAGUACUGGAAGGAGGGGGACAGGAGCAACCAACCGCAGUUGCGAAAAGACUAGCAAAACACAAAUAGUAGUUGUAAAGAAGAAGAGUGCUAACUCAAUGCAAAAUUAUUUUUAACAGGCACGCUGCCCAAUUUUGCACUUUACUUCCUAAACAUUUGCCUUUUUAUUUGUUAACAAGGACAGCUUGCAUGCUGGAAUGCUGGUGGGAACAGUUUUAUGCCUGUGUGUGGAAGUCCAGCCUAACAUGAAAUUUUUCCUGACCAAGAAUCCAAAUCUACAAAUUAUGUGGAAAGGAGUGGCACAUACAGUUUAUGGCCUGCAUUUGUAUAUCAUACUUGAAAAACUACACCUUGAACAAAUGGUAGGCUCAAACCAGGCAAAUUAAGUACAUAUUAUUGUAUCCGCCUACCUCUAGUAUUUCGGUUACAGAUAACUGCAGCUUCAGUACCCUUGAUUUUUUUUUUAAUUAUUCUGGGCAGCAACUGAAAAAAAUCAGUUUCUCAUUUUACUAAGUACAAAAUCACAUAAUUGCAUCUUGGUAGCUCUGCCAUUCUAAAUACAUUUCUUAUUUCUGCUUGCCUACUACCACGGUAGACUUUUUAAUGUUAUUCCAUUGCCUAUAUGUGUGACCCCCUGUCUCAAAUUCUUCUGAUAGGGAGGGUGCAAAGAGAAAAUAAAAGUGGAAUUAUAGAACCAAGAGUAAAAAAUGCCAUUAAGUGGAUAAGUAUCAAAGCAAAAGUGAACUCACUGUAUAGGCAGACCAGAUAGGACAAUCUUACAAGAUUUGAGGUGAACUUUGUACUGGUAGUGAAAAUGGACUUUAUAAUGGAAUUUGACUAAGUUGUCCUCCUUCCCUCCUGAUGCUGAGGAUUUUUUCAAGCAGCUAUGUACAAGACAGUAAGUGCAAAUCUACACACACUCACCCACCACCACAAUGCAGUGAUCCUUCUACACCAGAUUGCCACCAUUGCCAUAUGUAACAUUGGUGGAUCAUGCUCUUUCACUGAACAGCAUAAGAGAAAGCAAUGCAAACACAGAAACAUCUCUUAGCAGUUCAACCACCCAUCAGUCAUGAUAUUGUUUUACUAAUAAGACCGCCCACAUUGUUCAUUUAGGGAAGGUACCAGUCAAUGAAUGGUGUUGGUAGCAUAACUCUUGGAUACCCAAUGUACACCACAAACAAUGCACAGUCUGGCAUCCUCAAAGGCACACUUCGCAGUGCAGACCACCAUGGUACAGUAAGCAGGAGCACCAAAACUUAUGCACAGAAAGAGAAACCAACAUUCCUUCCAUAAUAGUUGCCCAUGGGCUACUUGAGAAAUCAAAUCCACUAGGAAAAAAUACUUCCAGACAGGCAAUACAAACAGUACAACCACUUUUGUUUGAAGGACACAAGUUGUUUUCAAGGUAGAAAGCUGUAUGACAAGGAAAAGGAGAAAAGGGAUUAUAUUGUGGGUGCUCUGCUAGCAAGAAUGACAUCUGCCACAAAAAGCGGUGGGGGGACGGGACUGAACUAGAAACCAUCCUUCCCACCUCAUAGACCUGUUUUCUAUCCUCACAGCCACAGGAACAGAAAGACGUAUGGUGAGGUCUUUGUCAUCUUCCAGAGGCAAAGGUCACAAUAUAACUCCAGCCAUAUUGACCAAGAUUGACAAGGUUUUAUAUGGACACACAUAUAAAACACAUAAACACACAUUGUGUUGGUCCUGAUCCUAAAGGCAGCUGAGCUGAGCUAAGUUACAGUACUUUUACUAAACUUCAUAAGGCUGCCUCUUAGGCAAUGGGGAAUAACCUUGUUUCUUCACCUCUUGGAAGGUUUCCUGUAGAGAGCCAAGUGAGACACAGGGACAGUAAUGAGUAAUAGUUAGCAACUUCAUAAAUGUCUGUAGGCAACCAAACCAAACUAGAAUAUUUAUUUUACUUCUUGAAAAUUGUAUACUACAAAUACCUGCAAAAGCCCUUCCAAGAUGCCAAAGGACAAGGUGUAAGAAAUAGCUGAAUGUGGAAGAUUAUUGCCGUAAUUGUAAAAUCCAUUUUAUGGGUAUAAGCCUUGUGGUACACAAAGUGUAAAUAAAAAUGUCAAUUAUAUUUAAAGCCUA